CACUGUCUGAGCCUGUUGUUGCCCAUGACACCCUGAAGAGGCUCAAUGGCUAAGAUCCAGCCCGGACUGGAACGCAUCGCCGCCCUCCUGAAAAAUGUCAGCUUCCCAUGGAGGUCCAUCCACGUGGCAGGCACCAAUGGCAAGGGCUCAGUUUGCCACUAUGCCUCAUCCAUGCUGGUAGGGAGGAGUCUCAAGGUGGGCAAGUUCACAUCUCCGCAUCUGGUAGAUAGGUGGGACUGCAUUUCCAUCGAUGGCAGGCCCAUCGAAGAAGGAACGUUCCGGAAGGUCGAGAACCAUUUUCUCAAAGUCAACAAGACUCACCAAAUCGGUGCUUCUCCAUUCGAGAUAUUGACCGCCACGGCUUUCACUAUCUUCAAUGACAGGAACGUCGAGGUCGGUGUCGUCGAAGUCGGCAUGGGCGGCAAGCUCGACUCCACCAACAUUCUCACCAACCAAGCUGUGUCUGUCGUCUCCAAGAUCGCUCGGGAUCAUGAAGGCUUCCUUGGAAACACGCUGGCGGAAAUCGCUGGUCACAAAGCCGGUAUCCUGAGGCCAGCUGUUCCCUAUAUCAUCAACUCUGCAAAUGAGGCAAACGUCCAAACCGUCAUACAAGACUACGCGCGGGCAAUUGGAGCGGGGCCUCGUCUCUUGAGUACCAGCUUCGAACUCAACUCGAGGCUGUACGACACAUCAAAAUGGCAGCGUGCCACCGCGUCUUUGGUACCAUUCCAGCAGGAGAAUCUCAAGCUAGCUGUGGUUGCAGUCAUGCAGGCACUGCAAACCAUGGAGCAGGAGACGAGACCCACAGAGCUUGCAAAGACCCUUUUGCUCAACGCGAAGAAGCACCAUCCAGGACGUCAAGAGAUGGUUUACGCGACACCAGUCUUCAGGAAGGCAACUGAAAGAAAGAAUCACAUUCUAGUAGAUGGUGCGCAUAACCCAGAUGCUGCCUCAGCUCUGGACGACUUCAUUCGCAUCAACCUAAGAUUCGGGUCGUCACCUGCCAAAGAGCGGCCUGCAUCUGGAUGGCCGGUCACAUGGGUUCUCGCAAUGACAGAAGGUAAAGACGCCCGUCAAUACCUCGCAACACUGCUCAAACCAGGAGAUAAGGUUGUCACUACCACUUUCGGCCCGGUUGAUGGCAUGCCUUGGGUCAAGCCGAUGGAUCCCAGGGAACUGCUCGAAGUUGCCAAGUCUGUUGAACCGCAGAUCACUGGUGUACAUGUCCCUGUUAUGGGUCCACUACGAGCCCUUUGUACGGCCAAAUACAUGUCGAAUCAGAUGGCUCCCUGGUCACCUAUAGCUCUGACCGGUAGUCUCUAUCUUGUCGGCGACCUUCAUCGCGAGCUGCGGUCACGGUCCUCAAGAACGUGGUGGACGGAUACUGAUGAGGCCACUGCAGCCGACAGGGAGUCAUUCUUGAAAGUCCAGGCUGAAGAACGUAAGCGUGUAGACGCUAUCUUAAGCUCUAAGAAGGCAGGGGCUGCCAGUGAGCCCGAGGAUCCUGAUACGGAUGAACAGAGAAAGCUACAAGAAGAACUCGAUGCCCUUAACCGCGAGGUCCAGCGUCUCGAAAUCGAAGAGAAGCGUCUUGCAAGAGAUCACUCUGCGAUAUUGGACACACCCGAGGAUGAACAAUCUCUGAGUGCAGCAGAGCGCCUUGAACGCGAGGACCGACGUUUCGCAGAACUCCACUCAACGCCCGAACAAAUUGCUGCCCAAAUCGCGAGGGCCGAGAAAGCAGAAGCGGACCUCGCGCGCCACGCGGAGAAGCUCGAAGCCGCUGCCAAGGCACGAGCUGAAAAGACUGAGAGGCGCACCAAACAGAAAGAGCGUCUGGAGGAACGAAGAGCACGAAAAAAGGAAAAGAGGCAGUUCGAAGCAGAGCAGAGAAUGCUACGAACGGGAGGGGGUCCUCGGGAUGGGAAAGUGCCAAAGAAAGUGUACCUCAAAGAGCAAGCUAGUCAUCCGGCCCAGAAAUCUCAAGAGCGCAGAAACCCGUACACAGACAGCAAUAGAGAGCUUGAUGCGCUCUCCAUCCUCACUACCAAUAGGGCGAAAGGCUUCUCUUUCCCUAAGGCCAAUGCCGCCAAGGAAGCUGUCAAAAGGGAAGCCAUCAACAGUAUGCCGACGCGGCACGUAAAGCCUCAAGAUGCGCUCUCUGCCCUCUCCACCCCAGACCAAAAGAACUCGUUCUUCGGCAAACCUGACCCUCCCACCCCCUCCGCCUCUCCAAGCACAGCGCAAGUCACAAGCAACCCAGAAGCCCCUCAGACGCAGUCGACCAGAGCCGCACGCCUCACCCCCACAUUCAGGAAUAGCCUACGAGACCAAGCAUCAUCGCCCACCCUACAGCGUUCAGGCAGCAAGCCCUCAGAGCAGAAGCUAGAAAAGCAGGACCUCGAAGAAAAGAAGAGAAACACCGUGAGGAUCCACAUGCACUACGCCAACGUCUCCGAACCGCGUCGUGCCAGGAUAGCAUCCUUCCCGCUCGAUCGACGGACGAGGGCGUGGACUGCGCCGCGCGAGAGAAGUCAUCCCGGGUACAAGAGUCUGGGGUACAAGAGCGUGGUUAAUUAUUAUGCGCACGAGUAUGGGAAUGUGAGGAGGCGGAGGGAGUGAGUGGGUGUAUGUGUAGGGGAUGCAAGAUAGAGUGUUGUUCGAUAGAAAAUAGGAUCGUGUGGAGUGGAUAGUGUUUCGGUGCUUUUGAUUUAAAACUGCUUUAG